UUUCGACCAAAUUGUCAAUUAUGAAAAUGGCACGAAAUUUGAAAAUGGCGACCAAAAUAAACACCGCAGCUCGAGUUUGAAAUAUGAGUAAAUCAAGAUCAAGACCCCGGAAAGAGGAAUUAUCCGGAGAAAGUGAUUUAGACUCCACAAUAACACCAAUCAAUGCAGCUACAGAUAACAGCCAGGGGCGGAUCAUAGAAUCGGACAGUUUGUCUGACUUCUACUUGCAUGAGAUCAGUGGAAAGCAUCGCAGAAGGAAGCAGAAUCAUCACAAGAGAAGGGAGCCAUCAGAUUCAGAGGAAGAAGGAUUCCAAAACAUCAGCAAUGAGAACAUCAGAGAUAUUUACAAAGAGCUGCAAGUUAUCAGUGAGAAGCUUAAGGCAGAGAAUAAAAGUUUACAUGAAAGAGAACAAAAGUUGAAGGAGAGGGAACGUAUGGUAUCCAUUUCAUCCCAGAACAUACAAACGAUAGCUCAACAUGAAAUCAAACAGAAACUGCAGGUGGUGGAGGAGAAAUACAAAGCAGAUAUUUUCAGAUUGGAAACUUUACUAAGGGAGAAAAAUAAAGAAAACAAAAGACUAAAGGACAACUUUGAAACACUGAAGCAAGCUAAUGAUGCUCUGAAAAAGGAAUUUGAGUCUCUUCAAAGCCAGCAUGAAAAAUUGGAAAAGCAAGCAGUCACUGUGCAAGCCAGAUUGACUAAUUUACAGAGAAAACAAGAGUUUGACCAGAGACAAAAAGAAAUGGAAAUUUCUAUGGGAAAUGCUGUUCCUAAGCAACAAAAAGCAAAGGAUGCAGAGGAAAAAACAAAACAGAGGGUUCAAAAGACCGCAGGCUGUUGUUUUGAUGUGACUGGAAUCUUACUGGACUGGGUCAGCGAUGCACAUUUACGGUGUGCAGUGUCUGAGGUUCCCGGGAAACCAUUGGAGCGCUUCUUGUCUCCAGAGUAUCUCCAGGACAAAGUCAUGAAGAUUUUACCAUCAGCUGUUGACAUGUUGAGAGAAUUUCCUGGACAGAAUCUGAGGAUUUCCCUCCCCUGUAUUCAAUUUAUAUAUUGGGCCUUAAUACAUGUUGAAAACUGUGCUGGACAGCAGAAGAGUGGGUUGUCCUCCACCCUGAGAAGACUGGGAGAGGAACUGUACAGAGCUAAGACAGUUCGGUUCUCAGAGCUUGAGAAGUCUCCAUCAGAGAUUGUUCCCUCCUCUCCUAGCAAGCUAGACAAAUCAAAAGAUGGCAUCUACUUCCGAAGUCAGAAUCUCCAUGUCCGUCUGCUGUCCUCUCUUAUCAUUCUGAAAACUCUCAGUCAAGUUGACCUCCUGGCACAUGUAUUUGAUGUUUUAAGAAAUGAUCUAAAGUCUGACAUUGCCAAAGAAUUAUUCCUGUAUUAUCAAGCUACCCCUGUUGUUCUCCAGUACCUGAAACCAGUAAACAAGACCUUCAUGGGAUCAGCAAUGGACAUAUUCCUUCAGAUGUCCACAGACUCACCAUUUCAGCAACCAUUUCUGGAGACAUGCAGUACAGAGACAUGGUUCAGAACAAUAGCCAUGGUGCUGAGGGCCCCAAGCCAGGACAGCAAACUACUGGAGAAACUCAGCAUCAUCCUGCAGAAACUCUCCAAAUUCAGGUGUAACAGGAAGUACUUUGAGGUGUACACCAUUGUGGGGAUCAUCCAGGAACUGUUGAGGGGCUGUCCCACCGACCAAGCCUUCCUGGCCCUCAACCUCAAGUCUAUCCUCUUCAAUCUGACCUCUGGAGCUGCACAGUGACCUAAGAGAUGACCUUGACUUUUACAUUGAAUCAAGUCAACCUUGACUUAUACAUUCCGUCCAACUGAAGCACCCUCACUUCUGUAUAUCUGUGUUCACAGACUCGGCCAUUUCUUCGACCACCAAAUAUUAUAUUUAUUAAGAGUCCAAUGUAUAUGUUUAUGUUUCUUUUAUAUUAAGCUUGUUUUGAUUAAUCUGUCUAGUGCAUAUAUACAUGCUUUGAUUGUAUAUACAUAUGGUACAUGUAUUUAUGUUAAUUAUACAGUGAGAUAUAAAUGUACAAUGCCUGUAUUAAAAAAUUAAAUUUUCGAUGCUAGAUUUUAA